GGACAGGCCUUAUCACCUUCUUCUUCUUCUUCUUUUUCGUCUUCUUCUUCUUCUUGUCUCUGAUAUCUCUGUGGAAUUCGCUGCUAUACACUCGCUGGAAUCGCCAAUGAUGCAGCCGCUCUCCUUCUCAGCGUCCCUUACUCAAUCUUCUCGAUCUCUCUACUAUCGAUUCCUCUCUAGCUCACUUCCUACGUCCUUUUUCCCGAAUAUCAGAACUCAACCCAAAUUCUACUCUAAUUUCUCCAAAUGCCCUCUUUUAAUAAAAGGUUGUAGUUCUAUCACAGCCAAGCCUUCUUCGCAAAUUCGCAGGAAUAUCACCCAUAAAUCCGAACCGGACGAGAAGCUCCGUGCCCUCCGUGAGCUGUUCUCCAAGCCUGGGGUUGGCAUCGACGCGUAUAUUAUACCUUCUCAGGAUGCUCACCAGAGUGAAUUCAUUGCUGAGUGUUACAUGCGAAGAGCCUAUAUAUCAGGGUUUACUGGUAGCGCUGGCACUGUCGUUGUUACUAAGGAGCAGGCAGCUCUUUGGACGGAUGGUCGAUAUUUUCUUCAGGCUGAGAAGCAGUUGAACUCCAGUUGGAUUCUCAUGCGGGCUGGUAAUCUUGGAGUCCCAAAUACAAUUGAAUGGCUGAAUGAUGUUUUGCCACCUGGGGCCAAAGUUGGCAUUGAUCCUUUUCUUUUUUCUUUUGAUGUUGCUGAGGAGUUGAAGGAGGCUAUUGCUAAGAAGAAUCACAAGUUGAUUUACUUGUAUGAUACAAACCUUGUGGAUGAAAUAUGGAAGGAAUCAAGGCCAAAGCCUCCAAACAAACCAAUUAGAGUACAUGACAUAAAAUAUGCAGGUGUGGAUGCAGCAUCAAAGUUGUCUUACCUCAGAUCUCAGCUUCUUGAUGCUGGUUCAUCUGCAAUUGUUAUUUCCAUGCUUGAUGAAAUUGCCUGGCUGCUGAACUUGAGAGGAAGUGAUGCACCUCAUUCACCUGUCAUGUAUGCAUACUUAACUGUGGAGAUUGAUGGAGCCAAAUUAUUUGUGGACAAUUCUAAAGUCACACCUGAGGUGUUGAAUCAUUUGAAGAAUGCAGGUGUUGAGUUGAGGCCUUACGAUGCCAUCCUUUCUGAGAUAGAAAGUUUGGCUGCACGAGGGGUUGAACUCUGGUUGGACCCAUCAUCUGUUAAUGCUGCUAUAGUCAACACCUACAAGUCUGCCUGUGAUAGACAUCUUGAGAAUCUUGGAAGUAAAAAUGAUAGUAUGACUAAGAUAUAUGAUGGCUCCAAUGGUCAGUCAUGGGGACCAUCUGGAGUUUACAAGGCAUCACCUAUCUCUUUGGCAAAAGCAUUGAAAAAUCCAGCUGAGUUACAAGGCAUGCGAGAUUCACAUUUAAGGGAUGCUGCUGCUCUAGCACAGUUUUGGGCCUGGCUGGAAGAGGAAAUUCACAAAGAUGUGAAACUAACAGAAGUGGAUGUUGCAGAUAAACUCCUUGAAUUCCGUUCAAAGCAGGCUGGUUUCCUGGAUACUAGCUUUGAUUCAAUAAGUGGUUCUGGUGCAAAUGGUGCUAUCAUACACUACAAACCUGAACCAAAAAGUUGUAGUAUUGUGGAUUCAAAAAAAUUGUUUCUAUUAGACAGUGGAGCCCAAUAUGUUGAUGGAACAACUGACAUAACCAGGACAGUGCACUUUGGUGAACCUACCGCAUAUGAGAAAGAAUGUUUCACUCGAGUUCUACAGGGUCAUAUAGCCCUGGAUCAGGCUGUAUUCCCUGAAAAUACACCUGGUUUUGUGUUGGAUGCUUUUGCCCGUUCUUUUCUGUGGAAGAUAGGGCUUGACUACCGACAUGGGACUGGACAUGGUGUAGGAGCUGCGUUAAAUGUUCAUGAAGGCCCUCAAAGUAUUAGCUUUCGAUUUGGAAAUAUGACUCCCUUGCAGAAAGGCAUGAUAGUGAGCAAUGAACCAGGGUAUUAUGAAGACCAUGCUUUUGGUAUUCGAAUUGAGAAUCUACUUCAUGUGAAAGAGAUCAACACUCCAAAUCGCUUUGGAGGGAUGGAGUAUCUGGGAUUUGAAAAACUCACGUUUUUCCCCAUUCAGGCUAAAAUGGUAGACGUAUCCUUACUGUCUGCUAGUGAAGUUAAUUGGCUUAAUGAUUACCAUUCACAAGUUUGGGAGAAGGUUUCACCAUUGUUGGAUGGUCCUACUCAUGAAUGGCUUUGGAGCAACACUCGACCACUUGUGAAACAGUGAUUUCCAUCUCAUCUUUCUAUGAUUGUCUCAACAUUCUUAAUAGUUUGCUAUUUGUACAUGUAAAAUAGAUAUUCAAUUUAUACCCCUUAACAAAAUUGUAUUUUAUUCAGAAAUAUUGAUUUUUCUGAAAUAUGUUAAUAAUUUUUCUUCUAAAA